CUUGCCCGGGCUUGUAGGAGCAGCCGGCUCCCUAGACGCCACGUGCUGGCGUGGGAAGACUCGCGGGGCUUCAGGCUGCUGCCCCAUUGGCAGAUUACCUCCCAGGCCCUGAAUGGUGAGCUGAUUGGGAUGGUACCCCGGGAAGCUCCUGAGUCUGCCCAGUGCCUGUGCCCUUCCUUGGCCAGCCCGAGUGCCAAGGAUGUGCUGCGGAGGAAACACAAGAGGAAGAGCCGACAGCACCAGCGGUUCAUGGCACGGAAGGCCUUGCUACAGGAGCAGGGGCUGCUGAGCACAUGCCUGGAGCCAGGAUCCUCCCCACAGCCCAUGCCGUCACGGGCAGCGCCCGGCACGGAAGCCGCCAGCAGUGUGAGGCAGCGUCCAAGGGCUGAAUCUGGAGGUGCCCCGUGCAGCAGAAAGCCCACCCCCAGGGAAUCUGCUGGGCCAUUGCCCAGCAAGUGCGUGGCUAUCGACUGUGAGAUGGUGGGCACAGGACCCCGAGGGCGGGUGAGUGAGCUGGCCCGCUGCUCUGUGGUGAGUUACUACGGCGAGGUCCUCUACGACAAGUACAUCCGGCCUGAGAUGCCCAUCGUGGACUACCGCACUCGCUGGAGUGGCAUCACCCGGCAGCACAUGCGCAAGGCCAUCCCCUUCCAGGUGGCCCAGAAAGAGAUCCUCAAGCUCCUGAAGGGCAAGCUGCUGGUGGGGCACGCUCUGCACAAUGACUUCCAGGCCCUCAAGUACGUCCACCCUCGGGGCCAGACCCGGGAUACCACUUACGUCCCCAACCUCCUCAGCCAGCCCGGCCUUCACACCCGGACCCGCGUCUCUCUCAAGGACCUGGCCCUGCAGCUGCUGCACAAAAAAAUCCAGGUGGGCCAGCACGGGCACUCGUCAGUGGAAGACGCCGUGACGGCCAUGGAGCUCUACCGGCUGGUGGAGGUGCAGUGGGAACAGCAGGAGGCCGGCAGCCUCCGGCCCCACCCUGAGGACAGAGAACCUGACAGCAGCACGGACAUGGAGCAGUACAUGGAGGACCAGUACUGGCCAGAGGACCUGGCCCAGGGCACCAGCAGAGGAAUGGGGGAGGCGCUGGGCAGAAGGGAGUGAGGGAGGAGAGGUUCCCGUGGGGGCUGGGGGCCAGGCACGUGGCUGGGGCAGGAUGCUGCCAGGGACCCCCAGGGUCUAAAGCAUUGGGACCAUCUGCCCAGAGCACAGUCCUCGCCUCCCCUCUGUGGUUUUGCUAAUGGCACUUUAUAGACACCAUGAAAAUGAUAGGUGGGCUGCCUGCUAGAGCCCAGCAGGAGUAGGGAAUGCGCCAACAGACGUCCCAGAGGUCACUGACCUUCCCCACCCCCAUGCUGUGCUCUCCAGAGGGAUACUGUCUCCCUCCUUGGGGGUAAUGGGUGGGGGUGUCAAUAUUCAAGAGUUCCCUUAUCUCAACCCAGUAACCUGGGGUAAAGUUCUCUUCCUGUUGUCACCUACCUCUUCCUCCAGAGUCACUUUCAGGAGAGUAAAUCCACCCUGAAGCUAGAGUUAAGGCCACUCAAGGAUCAUUUUGUCCCUUUCUCUCAGAAGUGGAUCUCUGGCUGUAGCCAUCGCAGGAACCGCCAGGGCACAAUGGAGUAGCAGAGACCACAGCUCGUGGGGAGCUGGGUCCUCACUUGCUCCCCACCAGGAGUCACCAGGCACUACUGUUCUGGGAGGAGGGAAGGCAGAUAAGCUUUGGGUGGGGACUGGCCUAUGUAUCUUGACCCAAGUCAGGCAUUCCUCCUGCCCACCCAGCACUAGGUUCUCUUAAGCAAAGGUCUGAGAAACAAGACAGCCGCUUGAAUUCUGGGACCCCCGUGCAGAAUUGCCCACAGGGGUCUUUAUGUAUUAAGAGCAAGGCCCCGGGUCUGUAGGGGAGCAGAGGGCGGGUCCACUGGGGUCGGGCUGGGCAUCGACGGCUGUGCAGUUGUGCCUGCACUCGGGUGGGCUGGGUUUUCUCCAAGUCUCUAAAAAUGUCCUCUGUCAGGAUUCCUCCCCUACCCCUUUUUCCUUGUUUCCUAGGGGGCAGUUUGGGGACAUUGGGGUAACCCAGGGCUCAGGUCACGCAGAACUUUUGAGCCUCAUCUUUGCUCACCCCUCAAUAGCCUUGAGACUCAGGCAAGUGUGCGACGUCACGCUGGAGUCUGUCCUCUCAUCUGUAAAAUGGGGGUAAUGAUUCCACCUACCUCACAGGGCUGUUAGGGGGAUGAGGAGUUGAGUGUUUGGCCCAGGGCCUGGCACCCAGCAAGCCGAGGUCAGUGUGAGUGAGGUUAGUGCGGGCAGCUGUGUUUUCUUUAAGGAUCAGCGUUAGGCUCUUCUGGGUAACAGCUGAAUACCCCCUGGGGUUGAGUGGCUCUGGCCCAGACAGCACUGUCCUCAUGGCUGUUCCAGCAGGUGGGGCACUGGCCACUGAGGGCAAUUUGGAGGUUCCGGGCUCUCACUGCCCUGCACUGCAUGGAUUUCAUCUCAGUCUGAGCAAAACAGCCAAGGCCAGGAAGGGAAAGACAUUAUUGAAACCACAGAACUGCGAACUUGUUCUGGGAGCUGGCUGAGUCACUGCCCACCACUGGCCUGGUUCCAGGACUUUGUUUUAGGUUCCUUAAAAAUCUGUAGCUGAUGCCACACUCACAGCUGAGCAGUAGCUUUGGUUCUUUGGUCUGUGGGUUGAGGAAGGAUGGAGCUGUUAGUAGUGGGGAGAUGUACUGGGUUUAAAAUCAGCUUUGUUGUAAAACUGUUCUGGAAUAAAACUCAAGUGGAAAAGUGGGGGAA